AUGAAGCUCACUGCGAGGCGCAUUUUCGUGACAUUCACCGGCGCUCUGCAUCAGGCCGAUACAUUGUCCGCCUACCGUUUAAAACCUCUGUCUCAUCUCUCGGUAGCUCUCGCUCACGCGCGGAGCGUGCUCUCCGCCGACUGCAACAGCGCUUCGCCUCCAAUCCAGAACUCGCGCAACUCUACGCCGAUUUUCUCCAGGAAUACGCCAGCAGACACGCAUUCUGGCGCGUCGUUCUUCCUGCCGCAUCACGGGGUGUUGCGACCCGGCAGUUCAUCGUCUAAAUUGCGCGUCGUUUUCAAUGGCUCCGCUCCUUCCUCGUCCGGGGUCUCCCUCAACGAAUGCCUGCACAUAGGCCCAAAGCUCCAACAGGAUCUCGCCGAUGUCUUGCUCCGCUGGCGUCGGUACAACUUCGUGUUUCUCGCCGACGUGGAAAAGAUGUACCGACAGAUCGAGGUCCAUCCACACGACCGCCAUUUUCAGCGGAUUCUCUGGAGCAGAGACGGGCCUCCGCAGGAGUAUCUAUUGUGUACGGUGACCUAUGGGUUGUCGUGCGCUCCGUACCUCGCCCUGCGCGUAUUGUCGCAGCUCGCCGCCGAUGACGGCCCUCAAUUUCCACUGGCUGCCCCAGUUCUCCAAGGUGAGAUGUACGUCGACGACGUCCUGUCCGGCGCGGAUACGCUAUCUCUCGCGCAAGCCAAGGCUGAACAAUCGAACAAUCUGCUCAUGGCGGACGGCUUUCGCCUUCACAAAUGGGUUUCAAACGAUCCCGCCGUCCUUACCAAGGUCGAGGAUGCUCGCAUUGCGUCUACUGCACCAAGAGCGUUCUCGCUCGACGCAUUGCCCCGGGCUCUUGGUCUCGCCUGGAAUCCGCGUGAUGACUUCUUUAUCUUUCAGUUGAACUUGCCGCGGGCGUCCACCACGUUGACUAAGCGAGUGGUGCUCUCACGAGUCGCCCAACUGUUUGAUCUUCUAGGGUGGAUCGCUCCCAUCAUCGUCGUGGCAAAGAUCUUUCUCCAAGGUCUGUGGAAGCUUCAAGUGCCGUGGGACCAGCCACUUCUUGCACCGUGGGCUCAACGAUGGCUGGACUUCGAGGCGGAACUAAAUGCCAUCUCGUCUAUCUCUCUCUCUCGCUGGCUCGGCAUCCAUCCAUCCGCCUCCAUGGAAAUCCACGGGUUUUCGGAUGCUUCAAACGCCGCCCUCGGAGCUGUGCUCUACCUUCGAUGUAUCACGAUCGAAGGUCAAACAACGGUGUCACUGAUCACCGGAAAAACGUUGCUUUUGUCUCGCCUUCUGUCCCGAGUCCGGACGACUCUUCAACUCUCGAGCACGCCGGCGCAUCUGUGGACUGACUCCAGCGUGGUCCUGGCAUGGCUGCAAGGCCACCCAUCCAGAUGGAAGGACUUCGUGGCGAACAGAGUCGUCGCCAUUCACGAUCUCGCUCCUGACGCUUCCUGGCAUCACGUCAGCGGGACCGACAACCCCGCCGACUGUGCCUCGCGGGGCCUCUCUCCUCGAGAGCUCCUAACGCAUCGACUCUGGUGGGAUGGCCCACCUUGGCUUUCCUCUCACGUUGCGUCCUGGAACACCGCAGCUCCGCUUCCGGAUGGUGCAGUCGAUUUGGAGGAGCGACCGGCUCGACCGUGCCACGCGAAUGUAACUCGACCAGGCGCUCUCUGGGAGCUCGUCUUCCGCUAUUCCAAAUUCAUGCGCUUGAUCCGUAUCACUGCCUGGCUGUUUCGGGCUGCCGCUCGAUUUCGACGACGCCCUCCAGACACCGACGCCCUCGCGCUCACACCGCAGGAAAUCGCAGCCGCCGAAAAGUUCUGGGUGCUGCACAUUCAAAGGGCACAUUUUGCAGCUGAACUUGCCACUCUCUCUCAAGGCUCCGCGCUUCCUCGCUCACAUCCGUUCCUGCGCCUUACUCCAUUCCUCGAUCCGGAAGACGUCCUCCGGCUUGGCGGGCGGCUUCAGAAUUCUCAGCUCGACCCCGACGCUAAGCAUCCCAUCCUCUUGCCGCGCGAUUCGUUCCUCUCGCACCUCAUAAUCGAGGAGACUCACCUCCGCAUCAUACAUGGGGGCGUUCAACUCGUCCUCGCCACUCUGAGGCGCAAAUUUUGGAUCCUCGGCGGUCGAGCUCCCAUCAGCAGGGUCAUUCGGCGUUGCGUCCGAUGUGCUCGUUAUCGGGCCGCCGCCGCGGAGGAACUUAUGGGUCAACUUCCUCCUUCCCGAGUUACUCCUUCACGGCCCUUUACCAACGCCGGAGUGGACUACGCCGGACCGUUCCUGCUGAAAUCGUGGCCCGGUCGCUGUGCUCGUCGCUACAAGGCCUUCCUGAUCCUUUUUGUUUGCAUGGCCACCUCCGCCGUGCAUUUAGAGCUCGCCACCGACUAUUCAACAGCUGGAUUUCUGGCCGCCUUCAAGAGAUUCUGCUCUCGUCGUGGGAUCUGUGCCACACUAGCAAGCGACUGUGGCACCAACCUCGUUGGGGCGGAUACGGAAUUGCGAAGGAUGUUCUCCUCCGCCUCCAAAGAUGUGGGUGAACUGGCUAACCUCUUAGCCUCCGACGGCACUCGGUGGAUUUUCAAUCCUCCCGCCGCGCCGCAUUUCGGCGGCAAGUCUAUCUAA